AUGAUAAACGAUUUAUUAAAAAACGAUAUAAUACAACGUUCAGAAUAUGCAAGUCCAGUUGUGAUUGUAAAAAAGAAAAACGGUAACGAUAGAUUAUGCAUUGAUUAUCGACGUUUAAACAAACUAAUCAUCAGAGAAUUAUUUCCACUUCCAAGUAUUGAAGAGUGUCUUCAGAAAGCAGCGCGUUAUAAAUAUUUCACAACGCUUGAUUUGAAUAGUGGGUACUAUCAAAUUGAAAUCGAACCAGAAAGCCGUAAGUAUACAUCUUUUGUUACUACCGGCGGUUUAUACGAAUUUAAAAGAAUGCCAUUUGGACUGAAGAACGCUCCACUAGUAUUUCAACGUUUAAUGUCUAAAAUUCAAGAAAAGGUAACGAAAGAUAAUAUGAUUCAUUAUAUGGAUGACAUACUUAUCUGCAGUAAUACCUACGAAGAAAUGUUUCGAAAACUUACGACAGUUUUAGAAAUUUUAAAAGAAGCUAUUGUACAUCGUCAGGGUAGACGCAAGGAACAUGUCGAUGCAUUAAGUCGCUGUCCAAACGAAAGUGCUAAAGAAACAGAUGUAACUCUACGAGUAGAUAAAGUAUCGAUUACGUCAGACGAUUGGUUGCUUAGUAUGCAGUUACAGGACAACAAUAUAAAACAGAUCGUCGAAAAGAUUAAAAACAAAGAUAAACAAAUUUUAAAAGAAUUUUGUAUUGAGAAAGAUAGAUUAUUUAGAAUCGAAAAAGAAAAGAAAUUAAGGGUUGUUCCAAAAGCGUUAAGACAUAAAAUGUUGGAAGAAUGUCACGAUAAAAAUGGUCACUUGGGCUUCGAAGAAACCGUUAACAAGAUGAAAACGUACAUAUGGUUUCCACGAAUGCGUAAUUUCGUUAAAUCAUAUUUAAAAGCAUGUGCUGAAUGCGCAUAUAACAAACGUCAAGGUGGUAAAAUUGAAGGACAGCAUCAUUUCGAUAACAUCAUACCAAUACCAUUUAAAACCGUUCAUAUGGAUCAUUUAGGAUCAUUUAUCAAGAGUACAAAAAGAAACGAACACAUAUUAGUCAUUGUUGACGCUUUUACGAAGUAUACGAUCAUAAAAGCAGUAAAGUGUUCAGCAACGAGGCACGUAUUAGAAACGUUACGAGAAGUUACCAGUUAUUUUGGAGUUCCUGAAAGAAUCGCCACUGAUAGAGGUACAAACUACGAGUAA